AUUCAUUUUUCACAGUGCUAAUUUUCAGUCGCUUUAUAAACAUAAUUUUUAAAACUAUCAGCUUCUAACCAGUUCAUCAUGAGAAACUUCAGUGUUGUUUUUAUUCUGGCUGUCUUCGCAUUGGGAAUCAACGGAAAAUGCAGAGAAGGAGUAAUUUUGAUUAAUAGGCCUGCUUGUGGAAUAGCCGCAGAUUGCUACUUGCAUGGCUUUAACGGAGAUGUUGUCAGAAAUGAGGAUUGCAAACGAAAAGAAAAAGGACUACCACCCGUAUUGGAAAUAAAAGGCGGAGAAUGUCCUACAGAUAAACCCCCGUGUAAAUAUAUAAGGGACUAAUUUUAAGCGGAAAGUGCAUUGUAACAUCCAUUAAAAGAGCUUGAAGCGAAA